GACUGAGAUUGGAAAAGCUCCAGCUAGUUCAGAUUCAAUUUUCGCCCACGGACCGAUGCAACGAACAACACCAGACGAGGCAAUGGCGACGAAUAUUUCUCGCGCAUUCUUUUUGUCGGCAACAACAAGCUCGCCGACUCCAUUUUUAUAUCAAACUCGUACUCUUGCGCCGAUUUCACUGUCAUUGCGCCGAACGUUUGAUGCUCGCGUGCGUCAAUACUCGGCCCAAAACAGAGCCGCCCACGAUUACGAGAGGUCGGAGAGCAGCUUUGCAUCUGACCAGGAUGAAUUGAGCCAGGACUCUUCAUCUCAAAGGUCCGGCUCCGGCUCAGUAUCAGGAGGCCACCGACCUCGGAGAAGUUACCUGCGCCGGCGUUCUGCUUCACUAUCGCCGAAAGUUCGUGUCAAGGCAGAUAUCCCUUCCUCAAAGUCGAAGAAAGGCUCGAGUACAGUUACGGGUCAGGAAAGAAAGGCUUUUGGAGAGCUACUUGGGCAGCUUGGCAUUGGACGCGAAGAUGAUGACGCGCACGCCGGAGACGCUGCACAGACGGAGGACUCGUCCAGCGAAGGACAGGAGCGUAUAAAAGAGCUCAUGGUCAAGUUUGGCUCGAUCCUGAAGGAGGUGCAAGAGAAGAAUAAGUCUACUGCCAAAUCUAAGAGAGAGUUGCGGAGGGCAACCGAUGCCGAAGGCGUACCUUUCUCCAGCGAGCUCUCGGACGACUCCAGCAUGGCAGAUGGCUCGGCAGAGGACAUUGGCGGUACUAAGCUCCGAAUAAGCGACCUCGGAUACACCGAGCCAGCUUCGGCUACCAGCGUAGAACCUGAGAUCACCAUGAAAGAAGCGAUCGAGUUUGUCGUCAAAAAGGAAUCAGAGAAGAUUGAGUUUGCGCUGUUCCAAGCAAUUGAGGAAGGCAAAGGCGAUAUGGGCCUGUGGGAAGUCUGCAAAGACCGCAUUUUCUCGGUAUUGCAACAUUUGGAUGAGGCAGCUGAGAUCACAAUGCCUGGCUCUGACAACUCAUCUGGUGCAAACACCACGCAAGCAACACCGUCGGCUGGACCUUUGAGAAUCCCGGCCGUCGUGCCAAUUGGCCCAGUCAUUACAGAGCUCUACCCGAAGACGCUUUUGAUCGCCUUCCGCUUGCUGAACACGCAUUUCCCGGACUCGCCACUCAUCAGCCAGUUCCGGUCGACUAUCAAGGAGCAGGGCCGCGCUUCUGCACUCCUUGGAUCAUCCGUUGCUCUCUACGAUGAAAUGAUUCUCUUCUACUGGCAUGGCUGCAAUGAUCUCCCAGCAGUGGUAUCGUUCCUCCAUGACAUGGAUGUGACUGGGCUGGAACCUAGUUUCAGAACCCGUAAACUGCUGAAAGAUAUCGUGCGUCAGCGACAACGGGAUCAGGAUACCCGGGGACAGUCUCUCCAUGGUCAAGAAUCAAUCUGGGAUUUCCCUCCGAACAAGAAAGCAUUCGAGGAGCUUGCUGGGCGUAAUGGAUGGCUAGAGAAGCUGAAAGCUCGCGCACGAGAGUCCCACAAGCAGCGCAGAGUCCGACAUGCCUAAGUGUGUAUGUGGACUAGUCCUGACGUCCUCUAGUGGUCCUCUCCAUUUCUGAACCAGAGCCUAUCUACAGUACCGUUGGCUAGAAUGAACCAUAGCAUCCUAGCUGAUCAUCCCGACUACCCCUUAUAGAUGCCCCAGAACCGCUCGGCAUUGAAUGUGUAUCGGUUGUCCUCCUUCCAGAGGUCAUCAUAGGCAGCGAACAUCACAAGAUCAUCCUCGCGGUGUGCAAAGCUACGACGAAUGCUCUCAAUCGCGACGCGUUGAUUCUCAGGCGACGGUACAGCCGCGCCAUUCGACUGACCAGCAUGUGGCCAGCCAGACUCAGUGAUCAUUGUGCGUUUACCGCCAGCUGCAGCGGAGACAGCGUGGGCCUGUUCGAGAACAUAUGGUCCCGCGUUAUAUGCCUGCUGGGUUGCGUCGAAGAAGGCAUGGCAGUUGGCGGCACAAUAGUCCGAUACAAUGCAUAGCUCUGGGUGUUUAAGAAGGACGGAGAAGGUGUCGACAGUCACGACUGGUCCUUGAUAUCCCUGCUUGCGGAGUAUGGUUCGAGCUUGGUUCACGACUUUGGUCACGUCUGCAGGUGCUGCCAUCCCGCUGUUGACGAGUUCAUUGCCGAUGGAGAUGGUGUGGAACACGGACCAAUCUUUCUUUCCUCCGGGCAUAGUGGCUGCAUCGUUGAAUGCCUUGAGGCUUUCGGGGAAUUUGUCCAAGUCAUAGACGCCGGCGAAGACCUGCAUAUGGUGUUGUCGUGCUGCUCUGGCGACGGUGGUUGUUUGGCCACAAUCGGUACCAUAUAUGCGGACAAAGGCGUACUCCGUUAACUUAUCAAGGUCCUUGUUAACUUGGUCUUGGGUUUUGCAGCUUCUAUCCGCGUUGUAUGGUGAGUAGGAAAUUCCCCACUUGCGUUGAUGAUCUUGACGGUGGUCGGGGUGAGGGUUUUGGGCCGGAUGGGGAUUUUGGGGAGGAGGUUGCGGUUUCUGCUGUAAUCUGUCGGCGUAGCUUGGCCCCUCUGCAUCUGUUGGUUGCUCCUGAGGUACUGUUGGUGACACAGGCUUGGUAUCCUGUGUCACGUCGGGGAUAGUCGUCGAUAUCGGUAUUUCAACAAGGGUUGUGCGAGACUAUACCAGCAAUAUCAACAGCCUGUCCAGGAUAUAGGAUCCUCCCGUGGAUGAUGAAUUUAUCUACUGACAGUUUCUUGCAAUGUAGGCGUGGCAGCAACGGGGUUCGUCUUUGUGCGGAUCGUGUCUCCAUCCUCAUUGACCGAAACAACUGCCUCGAUAGUGGGUUGGGCCCGAGGAGCGCCAUCAAGCUCACCAAGACUAUGGAGACCUAUGGAAAUAUUAGCCACGACUGGCCCAUACGAUAUGAAUUGACUGGUCUCUGCCAUACCCUCGCCUUCGGCAUAAACACCACAUGCAAGAAAAAGCGCCAGCAGAGCUUGGUUGAGACGCUUCAUCGCACCGUUGAAUCCGUCGGUCGGAUUCGGCCGAGCCCUCAAUACGGAACCUAGGGUUAGUAGUAUCGAUCACGAUCAGACCAGGAGCAACCUCGAAAUCCUCCCUGCACACAAGGGGAUCAUCACCCCAUGCAGAUCAGGCAGAUUAUAUUCGCC